AUGUCUACUUUAUCCAAUUUCACACAGACGCUGGAAGAUGUCUUCCGAAGGAUUUUUAUUACUUAUAUGGACAAUUGGCGCCAGAACACGACAGCUGAGCAAGAGGCCCUCCAAGCCAGAGUUGAUGCUGAGAACUUCUACUAUGUCAUCCUGUACCUCAUGGUGAUGAUUGGAAUGUUCUCUUUCAUCAUCGUGGCCAUCCUGGUGAGCACUGUGAAAUCCAAGAGACGGGAACACUCCAAUGACCCCUACCACCAGUACAUUGUAGAGGACUGGCAGGAAAAGUACAAGAGCCAAAUCUUGAAUCUAGAAGAAUCGAAGGCCACCAUCCAUGAGAACAUUGGUGCGGCUGGGUUCAAAAUGUCCCCCUGAUAAGGGAGAAAGGCACCAAGCUAACAUCUGACGUCCAGACAUGAAGAGAUGCCAGUGCCACGAGGCAAAUCCAAAUUGUCUUUGCUUAGAAGAAAGUGAGUUCCUUGCUCUCUGUUGAGAAUUUUCAUGGAGAUUAUGUGGUUGGCCAAUAAAGAUAGAUGACAUUUCAA